CAUCUCCUUCCAGGAAACACCGCCUUUUAAGUCCAUUGUUCCCCUUCAAGCUAUCUGAACGACUUGUCUAUGCUUAUGAAGACCGGCUCUUGUGUAGUAACUAAUGAAUUGCUCGUACACCUUGACAGAACUCUUCGCUGUAUGCUAUCAUGGUCUGCAUUUUCCAAUGCAGAAGAGGUUUAUGGCGCCACAUUAAUGACUCAUUCUGCCGGAACUUUCUCACAGUCAAUUCUUCAAAUGUAUGAUGACUUCGAAAAUUAUCGUAAUUUAAGAGACAA